UAAACCAACAUGUUUUUCACUUCCCUCACAUCAACCGCUCCACAAAGAUGACGACGGGCUAGCCCGACUUUAACAAGAAAACGCGGAUGUAUAUAAGUUAAAUAAAGUAUUAUCGUAAAUUACUAGUAAUACCAUAAUAUAAACCGCGCAAAGCAGCCCGUAUGAUGGCUGUCCGGGCCGGAGAACGGCAUGCCGGGGGCAGAUUUAUAUGCUUCCUUAUUCUACUGAAUGUCGUGUUGUUCUCAGCUGGAGUUUCGGCGAAUCAAGAAGAGAAUAAAGUCGUUGUUGAGGAAAAGCCCGCAGAUCUCCAAAAGGCAUCCACCGGUCAUGCACCUGGCCCGGCAGUCAAUGUCAAUGAGCCCAGUCAAGGAAACCUGGGCUUCAUUCAUGCUUUCGUGGCAGCCAUUUCCGUUAUUAUCGUCUCAGAAUUGGGAGACAAGACAUUUUUCAUCGCAGCCAUCAUGGCCAUGCGCUACAAUCGCCUUACUGUUUUGGCAGGUGCCAUGUUGGCUCUGGGACUCAUGACGUGCCUGUCAGUCCUGUUCGGUUAUGCCACCACCAUUAUCCCAAGGAUCUAUACCUACUACAUAUCGACCGCACUGUUUGCCAUCUUUGGUAUUCGUAUGCUUAGAGAGGGGCUGAGGAUGAGUGCUGAUGAAGGUCAAGAGGAGCUGGAGGAGGUGCAAGCAGAGAUAAAGAAGAAAGACGAAGAGCUUCAACGCUAUAAGAUGGCCAACGGCGCAUCUGAUGUGGAGGCAGGGGGAACAGCGACCAUGUUGCCUCAGAGGAAGUGGCACAGCGUGAUCUCACCCAUAUUCAUUCAGGCACUCACACUAACCUUCCUUGCCGAAUGGGGCGACCGCUCGCAGCUCGCUACCAUUGUGCUUGCUGCGAGAGAGGAUCCAUUUGGAGUAGCGGUUGGUGGUACACUGGGACACUGCCUGUGCACAGGACUGGCAGUUAUUGGUGGAAGGAUAGUGGCUCAGAAGAUCUCUGUCAGAACUGUUACAAUAAUUGGUGGGAUUGUGUUCCUGGCCUUUGCAUUUUCUGCCCUCUUUAUUAAGCCAGACACUGGAUUCUGAUAUUGAAGUGAAUUUUGGUUUCCAUUUGUACAUACAAUCACCACAGAACAGCUGCUUCAAAGAGAGACUCUUCAAAGACUGAAUUGUGGAUGGCUUGGUUGUAUGUGGCUGAAACCAUGGCUGAAUGAAAACAGUUUACGGCUCACCUCUCAUUGAGCAUUUCAGGUUUUUCAUUUCUAAAUCCCCCCUAGUUUCUUUUACUUUCAGCCGGACACUUUUCAGUUUUUAAACAUUCACCACAUUUCUACAGUAUAUGCCACACCUGCAAAUUUACUUGAACUUUCCAGAUUUACAGAAGACCUGGCACACAGUAACAUUUUUAACAAUUAUAACACAGUGUUUUACACUGAUUGAACGGUGCAUUAUGGGUAAAUGGUGUCCCUUUAAAUUUUAUUCAGGCCCGACUCUCUUUCACAAAAGAGCAGUUGCAAAACUAAGGUAAAAAAAGACACAAAAAGCCCCUCUCACCCUUCUCUAUGACAGCUUUCUCUAUCCCCAUUGCACAGGCAUUUAAUAGGUAAUAGCUUCAGCACCAACAGUCACGAUUCCUUCACCAAAUAAAAUAUACUAAUUUGAAAUGUAUGGCUUAAAGGCAUUUUGCUUUUAAUUAAUAGUAGUACAGAUUUGUGUGAGAUUUGGUUAGUUUUAGACCCAUCAUCACUUGUGGCCUUUAAUCCCCAGUCAUGAUAUUUAUAGGUCAUUGUUGUUUAAUCAUAAUAAUCAUAUUCCCUAUUUGCAUCAUGUGUUAAGGCAAGUCACGUUAUGUUUUUCCAAAAAUUCCCUUGAUAAAAGCACAUUGGCGUUUAUUUAAAAUUUGCUUGUUGAUGAAGCGUGAUUAGUUCAUUUUUUUUUUAAGUCGUACAUAGGUUUUAUUUAUUGGAUAAUGCUUUAUUAUGAAGUUAAAUAUGCUAACGUUAGUUAAUGCAUCAUGGACUAUCAAUGAGCAAAAUUUUUGAUCGGUUAAUGGCUGUUAAUAAUGCAUACUUAAAUUGUAUUGUUAAAAACGUCUUUGUAUAUGUAGAAAUAAAGAUGAAUAAAUGCUGUAUAGUUCAUUGAUAUUUUAUUGCAUUAGCUAAAGUUUACAAAUUGAACUUUGUUGUAAAGUGUCAGUGUUUAUAUAUUACGAAGCACAGAAAUUUAAAUUUGUCUAGGCUGAAGUAUUUUCUGUUCUAAAAUCAAGACGGGCAUAUGCUGUUUUUUGUAACAUUGUCAUGGUGACUUUGUCAAUAUUUGACAGGGGAUGUUUAAUAUUGGAAGUAAGCUGAGCUAUCUGUGACAUAGGAAUUUAAUGUACCGUGAUUCCUGUAAAUAUUAAAUAAAUCUAAGUCUCA